UAAAGAGAAUUUUGUGCAAACAAACCCCAUUGUGGGAAGAAUGAAGGCUGUCUAAUGUAAUCGAAAUGGAACGUUGUUGGUCUUAAAAGAAAUAACUUCUCAUAUGAACCAUGUUGUUGGACUGAGGGAGGAAACCACAGUGUCAAGCAUAAACGUCACACAGAGGGGAUCCGCAACCUUAUUUCGACUGACUUUACUUGUCAAAGUUUCAAUGAUACUCAGAAAGACAAAUCAGUUUUGAGAUGUUGUUCCGAAUCGCGAAACAUCCUCGUCAGCUUCCGUUGCUACGUCAUAUGUGAACAUGGCGGCUGUCAACAACACAUCGUGUUGACCGUUACUAUAUUCGCGUUUCGACCUAACUGGGAAGGUCCGCUCAAGCAUCUUCAGGAGUAUAUAUAGCGUUAUCAUCUUGAAAAAUGGAGGUGGAAGAUGGAGACGAUCAUCAUCUCGCAGACGACGAGAUGGAAGGACCGUCCAAGGAUGACCAACGUGUAAAGCCCCCGCUGCCUUUAGCAGUGCCUUUCUAUAAAUUGUUGUCUCAAACUGGAUUCCACCAAAGCGCAAGAGAGUGUCUGGAACAUAUCAGAGAAUCGAUGCUGCAUCACAGAUGGCAGGAGGCAGCCGAGUAUAUUGGGUAUUACGCCCAAAGCCUUGACGGCAGAACAAGAAUGAUGAAGCGUGAGGUUCCGGAGCUGAUUUGGCGAGUCAGUACAGAAAUCCUACACCACCUCCCUAACUCAAAGAUGGGCGACUACAUCGCCAUCUACGACUGCCUCAAACACAUGGGAGUCCAACAUUACCUGAUGAUCUCUCUGGAGCAGGCGUUCCACCUGCUGCUGCACAACCAAAUAGAAGACGCGCUUCAGCAUCUUAAAAUUGCUGAAAGUUGGCGGUAUGGAAAAGUGUCAGCCGGUCAGCAGCAGAUGACCUCGCUAAUCCAGGCGUACAGGAGUCUGCUGGAUUACGUCAUCUGGUGCAACAAGAAAGCUGCCCUCUCUGACAACAAGGAUGAUGAUGUCAGUGGCGAAGAGAGGAGUAACCUCUACUUCAGACAGGCAUCUGUGGUAUUGGUGGAGGUUUUAAAGAGUCCGGGUGUUUGGGAUCCUUUCAUCCUGAGUUAUGUGGAGAUGCUGCAGUACUAUAACGACCACGAGGGGGCAAUAAAUAUCCUGCAUAAUUACGCCAGUGACAGCAGUUUCCCACCGAACCCCAACGCUCAAGUCUACCUGUACCAGUACCUGCUGAAGCAGGGAAGGAGGACAAAGCAGAGCCAAUUGAUCAACGUGCUAAAGGCCCUUCACGCGCUUGUGCCGAGUCAUGAGCUGAUGUUGGAGUACAGCCGCCUCCUGCAGGAGUCAGAUGAAGUCGACGACCUGUCGCAGGCGUUGGGGGUCGUCCUGGAUAUGUUGGACUUCGCCUGCUGGAGCCGAAGCCUGGACGCGUGGACGCGCUUACGAGCCAUUAUUGAUGAACUACAGCAGCACCAGGACUGGGAGACGGUGAUCGCUGAUAAAAUGGCUGCCAGGACCGACUGGUGGCCGUUUCUUCACUUCACACGCUUCCACGCCACCCAGGACGCCGAGGAGUCCCCCGAUUUGAAGGAGGUGAAAGUGGGGUUGCUGCCCAUCCUCUUUCCAGGCCAGAAGUUUCGCUAUUCUGGACUUGGGAGAUGACCUUGCAGCUUGUAAUGACAGACUUUGUCCACCAGAUGACGCGCUCCUUCUAUUCGUCGUCUGGUGGAGCGUGACGCGGAGUCCGCGCUCCAGUGGCACUGACCGUCCCCUGGGCUGACCCCACGCGCAGCCCUCACGUGGGUCUGAAGUCACAGUGGAGUGGACGCACCAGCCCCAGGGCUGCGUCAGCGCUUUUGUCAGGACUGAGUACUGUGAUGUGAAGUGACAGCUGACGGGGCGGAGUGUUCGUGUCUCCACCACGUUCGUAAGAUACACAGGAUUUUUUUAAAAAUAAAGAUGAUGA